AUGCCAGCCACGAUCGACGAGCCAGAAGACGACUUCGUCUGCGUCGCAAGCCCCGUCCUUCCCACCGCAAAGUCAAUCACUGUCCACGAGGACUUCGUGGAAGUGACCGCCGGUAUCGAUGAGCCCGUCGAGCUCUACCAGACCACCGUCGAGAGGACGCCCACCAAGAUUGUGGUGACUCUCCAUGGAGAACAGCCACAGACCAAGGUCCUGAAUGCGAAGCAAGCUAUCGCACUUCUUGUCACCAUGUUUUUCGACCGGAUCCCCGUCGGCAGCCCCCUCAAGCGCUACCAGUUCCAGGAGGGUUUGUCCGUCCUCGACGACUGCGCCAAGUUCCUGUCGAAUACCCCCAGUUGCUACUUCGACUUGAUCCACGUCCUCCACGACAUCGCGGCUGACUCCCGCUGGGUCCUCAGCCUGGUUCUCCGUGACUUCCUUGAGGACAAGAACUGGCCCAGCGCAGUAUUUGUUGGCCACGAGAUCCACCCAGUCGUUUGGGCUGUGCUGCUCGGCCCCCUUGGUCUCGCUGCAGGCUCGAUCGAGGGCAAGCUCCGGGCGGAUAUCUUGCUGGAAGCAGAAGACCACUGGGUGCAGAAGCAUGUGCACGACGAGGACUUCGACGCCCAGUUGACCGAGCUCGCGCGGUUUGCUGCAGCGCUUUGCGAGAUGGGAAAGGAGGCGCUUACCCCGCCGGAGCAUGUUUUGCCAGAGGCUGUCCCAGCGACGACUGUUGCUUCAGACCCCGUUGCACGGAGGCGUGCAAGGAAGAUCGCAGUCAGCAAGGUGAGGAUUGUUGGUCCCGCGUAG